AUGUCUUUCCGGCGGUGCUGGAAUCCCGCUCUCCUUCCAGCGAAGAUAAGAUUCGUUUGGAAUAGAAUUACUUUCACGCGAUCGACCACCAUCUACUUUGCCUUUUCUGUGGUUCAUUUUCUUAUCCAACUUUCGUUUCAAAUCAAAGCUUUCAGUAUCAAUGCACAAGCCGCACAAUUUCUAACAUCGAUAGUUGUGCAGGGCCACGCGGCGGGUAGCAGCUUGCCCUUUCUUCAUGGGAAUACGCUUCGAUUGUGCAGUUGGGUUCCUCCCAACCUCAAUGUCGAUAUUUCCUCAUGCCCUUUGGUUUGGAACGGAACCAUAACCAGCGACACCGAAGACCAUGUAAAAGAUUUUAUUAGAACGGCCGCUGCGUCGACAACGACGUCCCUUUCUACCUCACACGCUUUCUCUGCGAACUCCUCAUCGACCACCUUUACCAACCUGUUGCCCGGUUUUACGACGUCUCGUCGUUUCGUAACAACUACGAUCUUCGUUCGACCUCAACCUGAUCAGCCCUAUCUUCCUACCUUGUUUGAAAAUGACAACGACAAUAACGAAGGUUUUGUCAAGCUUAGCGCCCUUCAGAUAGAGUCGUUCCAAGAGGGUGGUCAGAACAAACUGGACCUUGUGGGAACAGGCGACCCAGGUAUACUCGACGCCACUUGCCUUUUGGCACUCAAUUGGCCGGUUUCCGUAUUGCGGAAUACAAAGCGCGAGGACAUGGUAUUCAUUGCCUUUCAAUUCUGGCUGCUUGGCAUGUCUAUUGUUGCCCUUCUGAACGAGUCUAUCCCUCACAUUUUUGCAUCAUUGUUGACGCACAUGCUGGCGACUGGAUGGGCGACUUUUCAAAUCACACACACUGCAACUUUCCGCUCAGAAUUCAAUCGGGUUAUCGCGAAGGGAGCGUGCAAACAUAUAACCCUUCUGUCUCAUUACUGGGAAGCGAGGGGUCAGGCCGAGAUCCCCAGCCUUGUGAUGCACGUUGUCGCGUUGCUGGUAUCAUGCUUCCUAACCUGGCGGCUGAUCAAAUUGUUUGGCUGGCAGACAUUCAAACGAGUCGGCGCCUCACUCACAAUCAACCGCUUGUACAAGAUCGUCCUCAUUCUAUCUAUCGCCAUUCAAUUAUCUCUAUUUUUCAUGGUCGUCACUGUGUCUCUUUGGAUCGAUCAACUGUUGAACAGUGUGAUCGGGGAUCUGGCAGAUUUUCAGAAACUCUACAAAGUUUCUUCUUUCAUUACGCUCGUGCUUUUGGUGCCUUGGUUGAUGACGGGAUGGUUCGCUGUACGUCGUGAACUUCGGGCACCGAUGUUCAUUUUCUUGCUCCUUUCCAUGCUCUACCUUGCUGGAUGGGGUGUCAUGUUUUUUUCAACCACAUUCCGCUGGACCUUUACCACUUGGCGAUUCUUUUCCGUGAUGGCGUCGGCUUCAGUGUUUCUGACUUUGUUGUCUUUUGUGUUGGGCGUUGUUUGUCGCUACAACUUUGGAAAGGGCUUACUUCGCUAUCUAAAUGCCCAUCAAUCACUUCUCGAAAGCGACUUCCCUUCGUCGUAUGCGGGCUCCGACGUUGAAAAGAUUGCCUUCCCUUCCAACGAGAAACCUGUUCCCACAUACUCCGCCGCGUUCACGUUUGUACUUCCUCCGGAUCAGAUAUCCCUCUCCCGAGACCCCCGGUUCUUCGAUCCUUCUGCAGAUCCAUCCGAAUUUGCAUCUAAGCUGGCCGCACCCCUACCAGCGCUUACCAUAAAUUCGUGCAAUGUUCAUCAAAGUGACGCCAGAAAUAGCCACCAGAAGUCCCGUAGUUAUGGGGCUUAUUCUUCGACCGAUGGUGGUCACUCCCGUAACACGAGUCUGGCCUCGACCCAUGCCAAACGAUGGGUUAUCGAAUGA